AUGGUAACACAGUGUCAGGCAUUGCCUCUCUACCGCGCUGCCAACCAGACUGUCGACACAAAGCAUGCCCAGCACACGUAUUUCGAAGACGAGGACAAGAGCGUGCUCGACGACACAUCCAUCGACCACAGCGGCAUAGACUCGGGCUUGGAACUCUCGCCUCCCAUGGCCAAUAGUCGCAGAGAAUCAUUUGUCGUUUCCGAUGCUCUCUUCUCUCCAAAGACGGAAGACUGGCAGUCCAUCGACAUGCAGUCCCUUCCGUCCAAUAACCCGUUCCUCGACCAGCACAGCAACAGCAGCAACAAUCCCUUUCUGAGGGUUGAUGCAAGCCAGAGCCAGAGCCAGAGCCAGGCAUUUGGGCAGCAGGGAAACGACUGGCUCAUGCCUCGAGCCCCGGAUGCUGGAGCCGCAUCCACCUUCCCAGCCUUUGAUUCCGUGCCGGCAGUGUACGAUGCCAACGUCUCCAUUUUCCACCGGCAGAUGCAAGGUCAGAUCCCUUUUGGCAACGCCGGCAAUAUAUUCGACCCUUCCGGCAACGGUGAGGUGCAAGCCCCCGACUCUCCGCAGAAGGAGUGGGUGACCAGCCCCGAGCUUGCGAACAAAGACAUGGGUUCGAGCAGCCCCAUGCUACGAUCUCACCACGAAUUGAGGCGUGGAGACGGAAUUCGCAAGAAGAACGCACGCUUCGAAAUUCCUGCCGAGCGAAACCUGAAUAACAUUGACCACCUCAUCGCCCACUCAACGAACGAACAGGAGAUUAAGGAGCUCAAGCAGCAGAAGCGCCUGCUUCGCAACCGGCAAGCAGCACUCGACUCGAGACAAAGAAAGAAACAGCACACGGAGCGCCUCGAGGACGAGAAGAAGCAGUACACGGCUCUGGUGACGGACAUGGAGGAGGAAAUGAUAGGCCUCAAAGCAAGAGUGGAGCAGCUGCUCCGGGAGAAGCAGUCGUACGCCGAGUACAUCGAGUCACUAACCCACGAAAAGGAUGAGAUGAUCCAAGCUCACACCAUCGAGACGGGCGGGCUCCGCAAGAGGGUCAGCGUUCUCACCGAGCAUGUGCAGCGUCUCGAACUUAACUCGGCCGCCUCUGUCCCGCCGCGAGUGCAGCACCCUCUCUUCCCCGGAGACUAUGAUGAAAUGGAUGACAUGGCCAUGACAGGUUUGUGGGAUAAUGACAACUUCAUCGGCGACUACGCUUCCGAAGAACCCGAAAUCAAGCAGGAAAUGCCCACGAUGCCGGUCAACGGUAGCGAGACUCCCGGCAUCCCAGACGGCGACAAGGGCGUAUCUCAGGGCGGACUUUUGUUCAUGCUCUUCCUCGUCGGUGCCUUUGUCAUGUCGAGCCAGUCAACUCCAGCAAUUCCACACAUGUCCGAGGAUGUCAGGGCAGCGUCUGCCACCCUACUCGACAACGUGCUGAAGGAUGCUGGUGUUCCCCCGCAGACCCCGUCUCGACACAUGCCAACCAUGGCUCCGCAGCCAUCUGGUACCACUUCAUGGUCUCCGCAACCUCCAAAAGGCACCUUGGUUCACCUGAGUGCCGCCUCGUCGGCACUCGAGGAGCUUGGUGAUGCCUUGACGCAGCCAACAAAGGAGCAGACGAAUGAGCAAAUCUUCUCCAUGUCGGCGUCGCAGUAUAACGGCCUGAGCAAUCAAGACUUUCCCCAGAACUCACCUCAGCGAUCCACCAGCCAGGGCCGCAAAAAUCUGGCCGAGGCGCUCGCGUCGAUGCGCUCCGUCAGCAAGCAGACUGGUGCGGCCGACGUAUACACGCGGUCUCUUCUAUGGGACCAGAUUCCAAACGAAGUUGUUCGCAACUUUGCCAAAAUGGUUGCUGAAUGCAACAACGCACAGAAAAAGCAGCAAUGCCACGAGCGACAUGUCUAA